AAGAUGCCACGAAGAAAGAAAAAAGUUAAGGAAACAUCUGAAUCCCAGAACUUAGAGAAGAAGGAAGCAGAAACUAACACUUCUGUCAAUUUAAAGAGGAAACGUAGAUUUGAGGAUACAUUCAUUGUGAUCUCUGAUAGUGAUGGAGAGGAGCCAAAGGAAGAGAAUGAACCACAGAAAAUGAAGACAACGCAGCCAAAUAGAGCAACGUGUUUGGCUAAAAGAAAAAUUGCACAGAUGACAGAAGAAGAACAGUUUGCUCUGGCUCUCAAAAUGAGUGAGCAGGAAGCCAGGGAGGUGAAUAGCCAGGAGGAGGAGGAAGAGGAACUUCUGAGGAAAGCCAUUGCUGAAAGCCUGAAUAGUUGCCGGCCUUCUGAUGCCUCUGCUACCAGCUCUCGACCUCUUGCCACUGGACCGUCUUCACAGUCCUACCAAGAGAAAACCACAGACUCUGGGACCACUGAAGGCAUAUGGCAGCCGGUACCUCCAUCACUGUUUAAAGGCUCACAUAUCAGUCAGGGAAACGAGGCUGAGGAAAGAGAGGAGCCCUGGGACCACACUGAAAACACUGAAGAGGAGCCGGUCUCUGGCAGCUCAGGAAGCGGGGACCAAUCAAGCCAGCCAGUCUUUGAGAACGAGAACGUUCAGUGUCUUGACAGAUGUACUGGCCACUUGGCUGAGCACACACAGUGUGGAAAGCCACAGGAAAGUACUGGGAGGGGCUGUGCUUUUCUCCAAACUGCCCAGGGCAGGGGAGCCACAUCUAGGCACUGUCUGCCUGUCCCAGCAGAUGCUGGAGGUGUCCAGUGCAUUGGGAGCACUGUGCAUUACUUCUGGGGUAUUCCAUUUUGCCCUACUGGAGUAGACCCGAACCAGUAUACCAAGGUUAUUCUCUGCCAGUUAGAGGUUUAUCAAAAGAGUCUUAAAAUGGCUCAGAGGCAGCUCCUUAAAAAAAAAGGGUUUGGGGAACCAGUGUUACCUCUUUUACCUUCUGUGACCCAAAAUGAAUAUGGCCAAGGAGAUCAGGCUAGUGAAAACAAUGAAGGCAUCUCAGAAGAUAUGGGAGAUGAAGAUAAAGAGGAGAGGCAGGAGUCUAGGGCAUCUGUCUGGCACUCAAAACCCAAGGAUUUCCAAGAAAGUCCAAUUAAAAGCUUGAAAGAGAAACUUUUGUUGGAGGAAGAACCAACAACCAGUCAUGGUCAGUCUUCUCAAGAUCUGUUUGUUGAAGAAACUUGUGAAGAAGGAAACUCUGAAUCUGCCUCACAGAGCAUUGCUGCUAUAACCAGUAAGAGAAGCUCAGUCCUUAUGCCAGAGAAUUCUGCAGAAGAAAUCACUGUUUGUCCUGGUAAGCACCCCACUGUUGGUAACAGGGAAGAUGCUGAGAAGGCAAGACCUGCUUCUACCUUUUCAUCCACUAACCAGGUAUCCUGCCCACUGUGUAACCAAGGCUUCCCACCCACAAAGAUUGAGCGACAUGCCAUGUACUGCAAUGGUCUGAUGGGGCAAGACACAGUAUUGACUCGGAGACAAAAAGAGGCCAAGAGCAAGAACAAGACUGAUAAUGGGACAGCUGGCCAGACUUCUCCAGAUACUGAAAAGAGUGAGAAGUGUUAUCUUUGUAAAUCCCUGGUCCCAUUCAGAGAGUACCAGAGUCACGUGGACGCCUGCCUCCAGCUUGCCAGAGCUGGCCAAGGCAAUGGGCCUUCAGGGAGUGGGAGUGCAUACCCACCUGUGCAGGGGAAUUGGCAGCCGCGGCUGAGGAGCACAAAGGAAAAAGGACAGAAUGAAGGGCGACUCCUCAGUCUCUUGGAGCAGUGUGAGCACCCGUCUGCAGAUGCUGAGGUAAAGACCACGUCUUCAAAAACAAGAGGCUUCAGGGAGCCCUCACCGGGGAUGGAAGAGGCAGGCUGCAGCAGAGAGAGGCAGAGUUCUCUUGCACAUCUCGACAUAAAUGACUCUCCUAUCAAGUCUUUUGUUUCCAUUUCAGAAGCCACUGAUUGCUUAGUAGACUUCAAAAAGCAAUUUACUGUCCGGCCAGGUAGCCGGGCACGGACCAAAUCAGGCAGAGGAAGAAGAAGAAAAUCCUAACUGUCUGGGGUCAUUUGACAAAACCAUUUGCAAAAGGGGUUGGCCAUGUUCGUUAAGUUACAGUGGCCUUCAGUUCAUUGUUGAGCAAGUUUGGGCCCUGCAGUUUUCACCACCAGCCCCUCGGCACCCUGGUUUUUAUGCUUUCUAAGAUCUAUACAGACAGCUGUGUAUAGUGUUGUUUUAUAACAGUCUGUUUGAAUUCACUUACAGUUAACAUUUAAAUAUAUUUAUGUUUAUAUGAAA